GGAUUCAAAUCAAAUCUCCAUGGAAGCUCUAUUUGGCGCCACUGCGUUUCUUCCUCCUUCUAAACCCCAACAUCCCCUGCUUUCAGUAAAAACUAAGCCACCUGAUAAGGCAAUGUACCCAACCCUAAAUACAGUCCAAUCUUGCUCCGUUUCGAGCAUUUCAAAUAAUAAAGAGCUGCUUCUUUCUGAAGAUUGGCCCCAUCUUCUGAAACUCUCGAUUGGGUCUGGAAAUUUCUUGUUGGGUCAAGCGAUUCACGCGUUUUUAGUAAAAUCUAACUGUCUAUACGACGUGUUUCAAGGAAAUAAUCUUAUCAACUUCUAUGCAAAAUUCAAGGAAUUGGACGGUGCCCAGAAGAUGUUCGAUGAAAUGCCCAUUAGGAACACAAUCACUUGGACUACUUUAAUGAAAGGGUAUGUAGACAAUGAAGAUUCCCAGUCCGUGUUUCGAAUCGCUCGCAAAAUGUAUUUCUAUGGCGAGAAGUUCAAUGAGCAUACUUGUUCGGUAAUUUUACAAGCGUGUGCCAUGGUAGAGGACUUGCUUCGAGGAGAACAAAUACAUGGUCUAGUUAUUAAAAGUGGGACUGAUGAGAAUGUUUGUGUGGGUACUUCUUUGAUUUCUAUGUAUUCAAUGAAUGGUUUCUUAAGUGAAGCGGGAAAAGUGUUUGAUAACAUUGGCUUAAAGGAUGUGCAGUGUUUGAAUUACAUGAUUUUUGAGUAUGGAAAGGCAGGGUGCAUGGAUAAAGCUUUUUGGGUUUUUGUUGAUAUGUUAAGUUCUGGUCUGGAGCCAACUGAUUAUACCUUUACUAAUAUAAUAAGCACAUGUAGUGAAAAUGUAGGUAUUGAGGAAGGGAGACAGUUACAUGGGCUUGCUGUCAAGUAUGGUGUCGUGAAUGUGACCUCUCUUGGGAAUGCAGUGAUUACUAUGUAUGGGAAGCUUGGAAUGAUUGAAGAUGCUGAGAGAAUGUUUGGUUUUCUGAGUGAAAGGAAUUUAAUUUCUUGGACAGCACUUAUAUCGGGGUAUGUAAGAAGUGGUUUUGGUGAAAAGGCUAUUGAUAUGUUCUUGGAAUUACUUGACCAAGGAAUUUGUUGUGAUUCACAAUGUCUGGUAAUUGUGCUUGAUGGCUGCUCGGAGUGCAAAAACUUGGAUUUGGGAGUUCAACUCCAUGGAUUUGCGAUUAAGGUUGGUUAUCUUUGUGAUGUCAAUGUUGUGACUGCAUUAGUAGAUAUGUACGCCAAAUGUGAGAACUUAAACUCUGCAAAAACAGUUUUUGAUGGUUUCUCUAGUAAAAAUGUUGCUUUGUUUAAUGCAAUUCUGGCUGGGUUCCUGAAAACAGAUGGAGAUGAUGAUGAUGAAUAUGCCAUGGUUUUGUUUCGUCAGCUGAGAUUAGGUGGUAUGAAGCCAGAUUUGGUCACUUUUUCGCGGCUUCUUAGUUUAUCUGCCAAUCAAGCUUUUUUAGUUAAUGGAAAAAGUCUUCAUGCUUACACCAUCAAAAUGGGAUUUGAAGCUCAUUUAGCAGUGAGUAAUGCUUUGAUUACCAUGUAUGCCAAAUGUGGCAGUGUUGGAGAUGCUUGUCAAAUGUUUAAUGGAAUGAAUGGCCAUGAUUUAGUCUCUUGGAAUGCCAUGGUUUCUGCAUAUUCCAUUCAUGGUCAAGGUAAAAAGGCACUUAUGCUCUUUGAAGAGAUGAAAAGAGAAGGUUUUACACCUGAUGAGAUUACGAUAUUGGCUCUGCUUCAAGCUUGUAGUUACACUGGGUUAUGGGAUGCUGGGUUAUGCUUAUUUAAUGAAAUGGAAUCAAAAUAUGGGAUCAGGCCUGCAAUUGAGCAUUUUGCUUGUAUGGUUCAUCUUUUAGGGAGGGCAGGGAGGUUGCCUGAAGCCAUGCAUUUCAUUAACAGUAGCCCUUUUCCAAAUUCUCCUCUACUAUGGAGGACCUUGGUCAAUGUCAGUAAGUUGCAAGGGAAUUUAGAUUUUGGCAUGUUAGCCUCAGAAAAAUUGCUUGACUUGUCACCUGAAGAAGCUGGCUCUUACAUACUUGUUUCAAACAUGUAUGCUGGAUUGGGAAUGUUAGAUGAGGCAGCAAAAGUCAGAACAGCUAUGAAAGACUUUAAGUUAAGGAAAGAAGCAGGUUGUAGCUGGAUAGAAAUUAAUAACAAAUUCCAUUGUUUCAUGGCAACUGGCAAAGACCAUCCAGAAAGUAGAGAAAUUUAUGCAAAGUUGGAUCUGUUAAUGGAUGAAAUGAAGUGGAAUAAUUGCAAUACCACUGAUGCUCAUUUGAUUGAAGAAACUCUAUUGAUGUGAAUAAAGCUACAAACUUUCUAACCUAUUAAAAGCUAUGGUGUUUUCUAACUUGUUUCAGUAUGUGAAGCAAAGUUCUCUGAAUUCUUCACUGGUAGUUGCAGUUGGAAUGUUUACAAUUCUACCGCUUAAUUAUUGUGACCGGAGAAAUUAUGGAGCAGUGCACAUAUGAAAUACCCAAGUUCAUUAGAAAGGAUUAAAGUGUUUCUGGAUUAAGGAAAGGGGAAACUGGAUUAGUGGAUUAUAGUCAGGGAAUCAUCAUGCUGUAAAUGUUGUAAUUCUAUCUUCACUGGAAUAGACUACAGAGGAUCAUAUAUUACACCAUUUUUGUAUGAAAAAAGUGUAUUAACUCUAAAUGUUUUCACAAUGUCAUUCGAUUCGAGUUAGUUCUUCAGAAAAUCUGUAAAUAUCCUCUGAUAUCUUCAUCAAUUACGCAACAUGUAAAGAUUCUUUAA